AUCUAUUACACUAGUCUCCAUAUUGGACGCGGAGAACUUUACUGGAGAUUGGAGAAGUUUUUACUUGUAGCACUUGUGUAUUUACUAUUUACUAUUUAUUUUUUUUGUAGUGUAUAAAAAAUACAAAUAUUAGAUAAUAAUAAACAUACGAUUUGUAUAGUAUGUCUCGAACAAUAAUUUAUAGUUUAUAGUUUAUUGAUAUCAAUGAUAUCCCAACAAAUCAAUUUGUGUUCGUUCCAGAUUCCAAAGCGUCGUAUUUUGUUCUCUACUCUUUACUAUCUGGUUUCCAUUACAAGCUAAACAAUUACUGAAAUGCUGGAUAACUGCAAUGGAAUAUAGAAGAAUGCUCAAUUUGCAAAAAAAAAAGUUGUAACAAAUUUAAAACUUCAUCAAUAUGCGAUUUUAUCAAGAUAUUUAAAGGCAAUAUAAAACAACACUAUUCGAGUUUUUGAGGAUAAUGCAACUUAACUCGGUUAUCUAAAAUUAAAUUAUUAAUUAUUUAUUUAUCCUAAUAUAGAAUUUGAAAUUAUUAUUCCACAGUCUAUCAAAAAAAUAUAGAUAUACAAGAAAAUUUUACUUUUGAUUGUAUAGUAAGACAUUUAAAGUAGCAAUAAAAUUGUCCGAAAUGUUUACUGAUAAUCAUAAUUUUGAUAGUUUAGCUAAAAGUAAUGUUGUAGGAUAUGUAGAUUUAGUUAGCUCUGAUGAUAGUGUCGACGAUAUGGAGUCGGACAUAACUAGAUUGAAUACUAAUUAUACCCAGAGUAGCAUUGUAGCAACUCAAAGUUUGACUAAUAAUUUAUCAAUUAAUCCUUAUAAUAACCAAAUUGAAAUGCAUACUCUAUCAAAACCUACUAUUAUUAAUUUAGAGAAGACAAUUAAAACACAUCCCAAUAAAGGAAAGAUGUUAAAGAAAGCGUUAUUUCCAAAAAAGAAAACUAAUACAACACCAGCUCUUUGGAUCAGUACAAAUUACAAUCGAGGUAGAAAUCAAGGACCCAGAUACAAAAUAAAUAGUAAAUGUGUAAAAAAGUUAAAAUCACUCGAACAAAAAAAUAGUAAAUUAACAUUAAAAAUUAAACAAUUGACGAUUAAAAAACAGGAAUUGCAAGAUAUUCAAAUAAAAUAUUUGGAACUUAAAGAAAAAGUCCUUGAAACGGAAGAGAAAUUAUUGAUAAAAGGUAUUGAUACAUCAGAAUAUUCAGCAUUUUCUUUAGCUAAUGAAGAUCAAGAUAUACCAAUAACCAACGAUACUAAAUAUGAUGUAUUAUUAGAGUACAAAUUAGAAAGAGAAAAUCAAAUACCUGAUAAUCAUAUUUUUACCCAUGGACGCUCUAUUACUCUAGAACCACGAAAUAUAAAUUAAAAUAACUUCUCAUAGUAUUAAAUAAAACCUUAAAAUUCAUCAUAAAGUAGCAUACAUUUUGUAGCUUAUAAUCAUUUUUUUUUAAAUACUUAAAUAUUUUUAUCAUAUCAUUAAGUACUUAUUUUGAUUUAUAAAGAAUAAUAUUUAAAUAAUAA